AUGGAGAAAGUCGCUCCGAUUGAUCUUGAUUCAAAGCUCCAGCCCGUCAAAUAUGAGAUCGCUGGAACAAAUAAGUCAUCGAAAGUCCUUGUCUUGGAUGUUGAGAUUCUGGAGGCCACCGGCCGGGAGCCUUACAGAGGAGAUGUCCUCAUCGUAGGCGAAAGAUUUUCCCAUGUGGGUGACGUCCCUAAUAAAGAAACACUCUUGGCAGAUCCCAGUGUCCGUGUUUCCUACGGAAGGGGGCGUACAUUAAUGCCGGGAUUGGGGGAUGCGCACACAUAUUUUACCUGGAAUGGUGGUGAUUUAGAUCGGCUGGGAACUCUCGGUGUGGAAGAACAUACUCUUCUUACCGCCAGAAGUGCUGAAUGCUUUUUGGAUUCCGGGUACACCAUGUGCUUUGGAGCUGCGUCCCCGUUUCUUGCUAAUGGUCAGGAAAUGGCACGAAGAGGUGGCGAGCUAGUUGGAGGGAUUACUGCGUAUGCUGAUGGCCCUGAGGAAAUGCGAGAAGUGAUCCGUGAACAUAUCGAGCUCGGAGUGGAUCAAGUAAAGCUUUCAAUGUCUGGAGAAUCGAUCACGGAGACUCGAGAUGCGGAGGAUUGCUAUUUCACCCUAGAGGACACAGCAGCAUGUGUGGAUGAGGCACACAAAAUGAAUAAGCGAGUCUGCUCGCACGCAAGAGCCAGAGACUCUGUCCAGCAAUCAGUAGAUUACGGAGUGGACGUCAUCUAUCAUGCAUCUUAUAUCGAUGAAAAAGGAAUGGAUUCACUUGAAAAGAAGAAAUCUAAAAUCAUCGUGGCACCUGCCAUCAAUUGGCUUGUUGCUACGCUCCAUGAUGCUGUCAUGUUUGGCUACUCCACGGAAAAGGCUGAGCAAGGAGGUUACCAGCGCGAGCUUGAUGCGGCCGACCUUGCUAUUGACUAUGGAUUCGCUUGGACGCCUCACGGUACUUAUGCGCGAGAGCUUUCACACUUUGUGGAGCGCUUUGAUUUCACACCUCAUGAAUCUAUUAUAGCCGCAACCUUUGGUAUGGCUAAGCUGUUCAUGCGCUCUCAUGAAAUGGGCCAGAUCAAGGUUGGCAAAUAUGCGGACUGUCUUGUGGUCGAUGGAGAUCCACUGAAAAAUAUAACCAUACUACAGGAUCAUGACCUUCUUAACAUCAUAAUGAUCAAUGGGAUGGUCUAUAAGGCGGGGAUUGGAGAGUAUGUCAUUCCCACGGAGGGUCUGACUGGUAUUCAUUCUAUGACGAAUGAAAUGAGUCAUAUGCAAGUACAACGUCCUAUUCUUUCUUGA